AUGUGUGCAGCGCAGCCGAAGGCGGGCAGCACAGGGGUUGCGUCUGUUGCAGUCGUCCGGGGGCCUGCUUGCAGCAGGCUUACUGCCGGCGGGGCUGGUAGCCCACGGGCAGCGGCGCCCGCCGCCGUUGCUCCCGCAAGCGAAACCCCCCCUAAGGGGCGGUCGCCCGGCGGGACAGCACCGCCUGCGGAGGCGGCGGCGCCCGAAAGGGGUGCCCACCCGCAGCGGCUGCGCUGCCAGCGGGCGUGCCGCUUGCAGGCGAGGGCAGUGCCCUCGCCCCGCUGCACAAGCCGUCACCAGCAAGGUGGCGGCGACGACAACAUCGAAAAGGGGAAAGGGCAUUAG